AAGGAAGGGAUUCAGAUUGUGAGGCCAAAAGCCAGGUCGGGAAACAAAUUAACGAAGACUCGAACGAGAAAUAUUUCGAGAUCAAGAUACGUCUGUGGAUUAUAAUCAAUAUUCAGAUUGAUGUUGUUACAUUUUGACGGGAUGUUAGAUUUAAAACACAUCUAAUUCUUAAAUAACAUGGCCGAAAGAAGAGAAGAUGAAGACGAAAGGACAAUAGAAAGGAUCGAGGGAAGAGACCUUGCUGACUAUAGAAGAAAAUUAUUCAGCUGCCUGAGAGAUACAGGACGCUUCCUCAAGAUCUAUUGGAAGAUCAUCUUUGCACUUUUUUGGGCGGCCCUUCUCUUACCUUUUCUCUUGAUUUAUGAUUGCUCGGAAGUCAGAUGUGCAUAUGUGGUGUUGCUGAUGGGUGGCUACUGGGUGAGCGAUUGUUUCCCGAUGGCAGUAACAUCGCUGAUCCCAGUGGUGAUGUUCCCAGCUCUAGGUAUACUCAGUACGGCGGAUACGUGCACCUGUUACAUGAACGACACCAUAAUGGUAUUCAUCGGCGGUCUAAUCCUUGCCAUUGCUAUCGAGCACAGCAAUUUACAUCUCAGGAUUGCCCUCGGGGUCAUGAAGACAGUUGGAUGUAGCCACACAAAACUGCUCGGUGGCCUCACCGCGGUAACGACUUUCAUAUCCAUGUGGGUGUCGAAUACCGCGGCCACUGCCAUGAUGGUGCCCAUCAUAUUCGCUGUUUUACGUGAAUUAGAACAGGCUGGAGUGGGUAUGGUGUUCAAGAAAAUACCUGAUCCAGAAAGACCAGACCUUCCACCAGAAUUAAAACCGACGAAAAUAACGAAGGCGUAUUUGUUAACCGCAUCUUAUGCCUCAACAUUCGGUGGAACAGGAACGUUAGUGGGAACCGGCACAAAUCUAACCUUUAAGGGAAUCUACGAGACCAUAUUUCCCGAGGCCGAGGGAAUCAGCUUUACCGAAUGGAUGGUCGCGUCUUUUCCCCAGAUGGUCGUCAAUUCCUUCCUCUGUUGGAUAUACAUGCGAAUCACAUUUCUAGGUUUCUUGAGACCGCGCAGUAAAGAUGCUCAAAGGGCUACAAUCGGAGUUGAAGGCAUGGCUGUCACGAAUCAAGUUAUACAGCAAAGAUAUCAUAAUUUGGGGCCCACAACUUUUCACGAAUAUGCAGUAGCUACAUUGUUCUUUAUGUGCGUAUUUCUUUGGAUAUUCCGCAAACCCGGUUUCGUCGUUGGAUGGUCUGAAGUAAUCACUGAUGUAGAGCUCAGAGACUCAGUGCCAGUGAUAUUCGCCGCUAUCCUAAUGUUCUUCAUCCCGAAAGACCCCAGCUUCAUCUACAGCUAUAGUCGAGAUCCCGCUAAAAGACCGAAAAAAUCAUCGGAAGGUUUGAUAACAUGGAAGGUAAUCGAAGCCAAGAUGCCAUGGAGUUUGAUGUUCUUAUUGGGCGGUGGUUUCGCAAUUUCACGUGGAAGCGUCGCAUCCUGUAUGGCGAAACGAGUUGGCGAAGCUCUGCUACCGCUUCGACACUUGCCACCUGUAGUAAUACUUGCUUUGGUGUGUUUCUUUGAAGGUACCUUAACAGAAUUCACCUCGAAUGUAGGCAUCGCAAAUAUUACUCUACCGGUGAUAGCUCAAAUGUGUGUAGCGAUGGAAAUCCAUCCUAUGUAUUUGAUGAUACCAGCCACAUUGUGUUGUUCGUUUUCAUUCCGUCUUCCUGUCGGAACACCACCAAACGCGAUCGUAACUGUUGCUGGAAAUAUCCCGACCAAUGCGUUGAUCGCCGCAGGUUGUAUACCUUCACUCUACAGUUUGAUAGUAGAAGUUAUCUUCUUCCCAACAUGGGGCGUUUUCGUUUACGGAAUUAAGGAAUUUCCUGACUGGGCCAGAUAUGUUGAUCCAUCGAUAAACGAUACGGAUGCAGUAUGUUAA